GCCCUGCCUCCCUUUCCCGGCCCCAUCCGCCUCUAGCAUUUGCCCGCCUCUCGUCUGCGCGAGUCCACGCAGCUCUCCAGACCCAGCGAACCGGAACCCAGGUUCGUUAAAGGGACUGAGCGAGCUGUCCCUGACCACGGCGUGAACGUGUUGAGCUGCAGCCGGCCACGGGCUGAGCACCCCGCGUCCCUUGUGAGCUGGAAUUCCAAAGCCCACCCCACCCGCUGUGCUUCACCAGUGCAGCAGCAGUGGCAGGUAUGGCGGACAUGGAGCGGCACGAGGGCACCAUCCAGGUGCAGGGCCAGGGCCUCUUCUUCCGAGAGGCACGGCCAGGCGGUGGGCAGGCCGCUCGCUUCUCUGUACUGCUGUUGCAUGGUAUCCGCUUCUCCUCUGAAACCUGGCAGAACCUGGGGACGCUGCAAAAGCUGGCCCAGGCCGGCUACCGGGCGGUGGCCAUUGACCUGCCAGGUUUGGGGCGCUCCAAGGAAGCAACGGCCCCUGCUCCUAUUGGGGAGCUGGUCCCUAGCAGCUUCCUGGCUGCUGUAGUGGAGGCCUUGGAGCUGGGCCCGCCAGUUGUGAUCAGCCCGUCACUGAGUGGCAUGUACUCCCUGCCCUUCCUCACCGCCCCUGGCUCCCAGCUCCGGGGCUACGUGCCUGUGGCCCCCAUCUGCACUGACAAAAUCAAUGCUGCCGACUAUGCCAGAGUGAAGACUCCAGCCCUGAUUGUGUAUGGAGACCAGGACCCCAUGGGACCAACCAGCUUUGAGCACCUGAAGCAGCUGCCCAACCACAGGGAGCUGGUCAUGGCGGGGGCGGGGCACCCCUGUUACCUGGACAAACCGGAGGAGUGGCAUGCUGGGCUGCUAGACUUUCUGCAGGGGCUAGCAUGAGGCUGGGCCCUGCCAAUGGGGGUGGGCUGCCUGUCCGCCUAGGGGCUUGGGCUCCGGCUCAGGCUCUCUCCCUCGUGGGCUCUGGCUGGCUCCCCUGGACAUGCGACAGGUCUUUCUCUCUCUGGGUUCUUGUCUUUUGGGGUCUGUCUUUUCUGCUUCUUUCUCUUGCAGUGACAGAGGAAAUCAAAUCAAGAGGAAGAAACUCAGGAAUCAAAGGAUACAAUCUGGUGGAGGGUAACCAUUAGAUGAGCUUCUCCUACAGGCCUGCCUCCUGUCUUGCACUCCUUCCUCAGCUUGGCCAGCCACCACCCUCCUGUCUGUCUCCCUUCCUGUCCUGCAGGCCAGUCGCCCUCCCCACUUCCCACCCUUCUUGGGCCACAGGUUCAUACGUGCACUUACCUUUUGAGAGCCAUCCGUGUACUCAAGUAAUGACCUUCACUUGGGAACACCCAGUAGGUGUAUGUAAUUCUGGACAUGCAUUCUGGGGUUCAGCCUCACUUUGCAUGCACACACACAUGCAUACAUGUGCUUCCACAGCCUCACUUUGCAUGCUCACACAUGUAUACAUGUGCUUCCACAGCCUCACUUUGCAUGCACACACACAUGCAUACAUGUGCUUCCACACAAGCACACCCACAUCUGCACUUCAAACCAUGGAACACCUCACUGUCGGGAGGUGAGGAGGACCCCGUGGGCCUCUAGCAGGAGACCCUCUUGCCAGGCUUAGGGUGUGGCCAGCCCUGGACACCACUCACCGAUAGGUUGCAGCUGACCCCGCCCAGAAUUGUCCCCCAGACAGGGAGGGCCACCCUCUGCCUCAGCUCUCCCUGCCUUUCCCUUCCUCCUGGCGUGCCACACCUCUCCAAGUUACCAGAGCUGCUUUCCAGCUCUGAGGUUUGGGGGUGGGGGAGGCAGAGCGUGGAGAUCGGUGAAAUAAAGUGAUACAAUUAGA